AUGGUGUAUCUCAGCUGGGAUAGAUGUAGAGAUCUUUCAAACGUAUUGGAAUCAGCAUUUCGUGAAUCCGAAAGAUUUAUAACUGAUCGUCUUUCUUUUCUUAAUCGUGAAAAUGAUUUAAUCAAUGGUCGAUUCGAAAAUGAACAACAACUGAUGAAACGAAAUCAACAGAAAAUGGAUACUCUUUUAUCGUCUAUAGUAGAUAAUCAUCAUCAAACAUCGGAGCUACAAGCAGCUUUAAAUUCAACAUAUAAUCAAUUAUAUACUCGAGCAAAUCAACGUAUUCAAAUUGUGGAUAAUAUGUAUCAAAAAUUGUUAGCAUAUGAACAAAAUUUAAUGCAAACAAGUCCAUCAGGUGUCAAUUUAAAACAAGAAUUAAAUAACGAAAACUAUGAUGAUCAAUUUUCAAAUAAUCUUCAACGUGCUCAAGAUUUAUUGAAAAAUGCUCUACGUAUUGGUUCAGAGUCAAAUAAACAUACCCAAGUAUUAUAUGGAUCGUUUGAUAGUGAAUUACAUUCAAAAAUAAAACAGCUUUAUAAACAUGAUAGAAAUGAGAAAGAACAAUACAGUAGUUUACAAGUAUAUAAAGAAGAAUUAAAACAAGAUAUUAUGACAAUACAUCAAAAUACACAAAAAUUAAACGAUUUUAUUCGAACAUUAUCACCUAUACUUGAACACUAUACGCACGAUGAACCAUAA